GCUGCUGCUGCUAACCGACGUUCGAGGCUGGCCGCUGUCUGCUUUGGGGUCGCUGCCUGGGGGACUCGGGGCCAUGAGCCGCCUGGGCUCGGUGCAGCAGAAGUUGCCCUGCCUGUUUGUGACUCAGGUGAAGCAGGAGCCCUCAGCCAAGCGGGAGCGCCAGCCUUUUAAAGUGUUGGCCACUGAAACAAUUAAUCAAAAGGCAUUAGAUGCGGAUAUAUACAACGCAAUCCCAACUGAAAAAGUGGAUGGAACUUGUUGUUACAUAACGACAUACAAAGGGCAGCCAUACCUUUGGGCCCGAUUGGACAGAAAACCCAACAAGCAAGCUGAAAAAAGAUUUAAACGUUAUCUCUGCUCUGUAGACAACUCAAAAGGAUUUGCUUGGAAUAUUGAAGAAGACUUCAAGCCUAUUCCUGAGUGCUGGAUUCCAGCAAAGGAAAUAAAGCACUGCAAUGGAAAGCCUUUUCCAGACGAAAAUGGGCACAUUCCAGGUUGGGUGCCAGUGGAGAAAAACAGCAAACAGUAUUGUUGGCAUACUUCUGUUGUUGAUUAUGAAUUUGAUUUGGCUCUCGUUCUCAAGCAUCACCCUGAAGAACCUAGUCUUCUGGAAAUUAGUCCAGUUCCCUUAUCCAAUUUUUCAGAGCAAACACUGGAGCUUAUUGGAACAAAUAUUAAUGCAAAUCCAUAUGGUUUAGGAAGCAAGAAGCAUCCUGUACACCUUCUUGUCCCACAUGGAACAUUUCAAAUAAAAAAUGCACCUGCACUGAAUCACAGUGACAUACUGGCUUGGCUUGAUGGAUGCAAAGAAGGAAAAAUUGAAGGGAUUGUAUGGCAUUGCGCUGAUGGAAAUUUAAUCAAGCUUCAUCGGCAUCAUCUUGGUUUGACCUGGCCAAUCGCAGACCCUUAUAUGAUUUCUCAACCAGUUGUUGUCAACUUUAGUGGGGCCAAAUAUGACUAUAAUUUUGAACCAAAGACACUUUUUAAUUAUUUUUUGAAGUUGGAGGGACAAAGAUUCAAUAGUCUCAGAGAUAUAAGUGACCUAUGAUCAGAUUUCUUAAAAUGAUAAGAGUCAUCUGUGGAACUGCUCAUUCCUUUUAGGUGAGAGUGUUUAAAUAUUUCAUUUUUUGUUGAAAUGCAAUGUAAAUAGUAUUUAGUAUAUACAUGGCUUAGCAGCCACAUGUAUACAUAACAAAUGCUGCUGUUUAUGUAGCAGAAGAGCCAUAAAGGAAAAUCUAUACAUUUGAGUACUUAUGUAUAUUUUUCAAUAUCCAAAGGCUAAGUGUAAAACAUAACUUUAUUGAAGCAUUGAGGGCUAUGACUGGGAGUGCCACUUUUUUUUCUGUUGGAGUUACUGUGUGGUUGCUUCAUUAGCAAUAGAUAGGAUUGUGUUAAUGAAAUCAGAAGAAAACUGUUAAAAGGCUAUUUGUUCGGGUCAACUGAAUAGCCUCCGGACAACUUCUUGUGCUAUAUUUUAUAUUCUGUUACAGAUACUGGAGUACAAAGUACAUGUAUAGCAAAUCAGUUGUGAAGUGCAGAGGUUUGUAAACACUGCUCUUUCCUUAAAAUACAUAGAAAUUAUAAUUUUAGAGAAGUCCAAUUCUUUUACUCCAUGCAUUUUAAAAGUGGAGCAGCAGUGUAUACAUACAUCUUACAACUAAAGUGUUAUUCAUAUGAUUUAUACAUGGCUAUUUGUACUGAAUUCAAAAUGUAGUCUGGGAAUACACUCAGUUUUUACAUUUGUUUUAAAAUGUUUAGAGUAAUGGGAUUCUGCAUUUCUUUUGAAAUGUAUAUUCUACAAGACUGUAAUAUUGGCUUAAAUAACUGGAUAAUUUCACUUCCCUUGGGAUUGUGGGUACUUCCAUUGUCAUGUGAACAAACUUCUCCUCGCUGCUAUAACCUUCUCUACAAAUUGUAGGAGAGGGGAAUCUGUUCCACUGGUGGACUGAUAGCAUUAGAUGUCACCCAACGUCACUAAAAUUUGGUUGUGUUCUUGAAAACCAAAAUAAUACAAAACAA